AUUUUCCCUGAACUUUUUCCCCGUUGGUAGCCUAUCCUUUCUUCUUCCACAUGCUGACAUAUAAGGAUGUCACAUUUACUGUCAUUUGUGGUGGACUCUCUCGCUCUACUCCGAUCCAUUCCCUGCUGAGAAAACCUAGUUUCAGUAGAUCAAAACUCCAUUUCUGUAACCCUAAUUUCUCAAUGAAUUAUUCUAACUCCACUCGCUAUUAAAAGAAUGAAAGCAAUUGUGAUCACUGAACCAGGAGGUCCAGAGGUUCUGCAAAUUCAGGAAGUUGAGGAUCCUAAGGUCAGAGAAGAUGAGGUUUUGAUAAAGGUAGCAGCUACCGCGUUGAAUAGGGCUGAUACUGGUCAGAGACAAGGGCGAUAUCCUCCUCCAAAGGGUGCUUCUCAGUAUCCUGGACUUGAAUGCUCUGGUGUUGUUGAAGCUGUUGGUGAAAAGGUUCAGAGAUGGAAAGUUGGAGACGAGGUUUGUGCUCUCCUUAGUGGGGGGGGAUAUGCAGAAAAGGUGGCUGUUCCUGCAGUUCAAUGUCUUCCCAUUCCUUUAGGCGUUUCUUUAAAAGAUGCUGCAAGUUUUCCUGAGGUGGCUUGUACAGUUUGGUCGACUGUAUUUAUGAUGAGCCAUCUGUCCUCGGGUGAAAGUUUUCUGAUUCAUGGAGGAUCAAGUGGUAUUGGCACCUUCGCUAUUCAGGUCGCUAAGGGCAUAGGAGCAAAGGUUUUUGUCACAGCAGGUGCUGAAGAGAAGCUGAAGGUUUGCAAGGAGCUUGGUGCCGAUGUCUGCAUAAAUUACAAAACUGAAGACUUUGUUGCGAGAAUCAAGGAAGAAACUGGAGGCAAAGGUGUUGAUGUCAUUUUGGAUAAUGUUGGGGGCCCCUAUUUCCAGAGAAACCUUGAUAGCCUAAACAUGGAUGGGAGACUCUUUAUAAUUGGUUUCCAGGGUGGUGUGGUGGCAGAAGCCAAUCUCUCAGGAAUUCUUGCGAGGCGAUUGACCGUGCAAGCUGCUGGUCUUCGAAAUAGAACAGUCGAGAACAAAGCAGUGAUAGUUUCUGAGGUGGAGAAGCAUGUUUGGCCGCUAAUUGAAUCAGGUCAGUUGAAGACCGUGGUUUAUAAGUAUCUUCUACUCUCUGAAGCUGCUGAGGGCCACAGGAUUAUGGAGAGCAGCACACACAUUGGCAAGAUACUGCUUCUCCCAUGAUUAAAUAAAUCUUGUAAUGUAUUUCACAAAACAUUAGCAAAUGAUAAUGGACUGUUUAUUUUUUGGUAAAUAAAAAUAUGGAACUGUUAUGAUCGAAA